GCGCGGCUCGCAACUCCGAGUCCUCCUCCACACCCAGCGAACGACCCACUGAGCCCACUCGACAACCGCCGCCAUGGUGCUGACCGCUGCAGAAUGCAAACUCCUCCAGAGCACCUGGCAGAAGGUGCAGGGCCAUAUCGACUGCCUGGGCGCCGACACCCUCUUCAGGAUGUUCACUGUGUACCCGGUGACCAAGACCUACUUCCCGCACUUCGACCUGUCUCAAGGCUCCCAAGACAUCAAGAACCACGGCCGGAAGGUGAUCAGGGCCAUCGAGAACGCCCUCAAGCACACCGACAACCUCCGCGGCUGCUUGGCCGAACUCAGCGACCUGCACGCCUACAACCUGCGCGUGGACCCCGUCAACUUCAAGCUGCUGGCGAAAUGCUUGUUGGUGGAGCUGGCCACCUACCUCCGAGCCGAAUUCACCCCGAUGAACUACCUCGCCUGGGAUAAGUUUAUGGAGUGCAUGGGGGAGGUGCUCUGCGAGAAAUACAGAUGAGCCCCCCCGCACCCGCCCACCGCCCGCCGGGCUGCUGGCUCUCCGCCGCUCCCGGGAGUCGCCGCUGGAGUCGGGGUGCCGCCGCGCGCUUUGCGCUCUUGUGCUGUGAAACUGACACCGAGCAGCAAUAAAGUGCCUGAACCGCU